ACUCUUAACAGCAUUGCUACCAGAGGGAUUGAGACAAAAAGCUUUCACAUCCUAUCUAUACUUUGUGUCACAGUGGAGAUGGAUGUAUACAAGUGGAACACCCUGCAUCAUUCUCUGGCUCCUCCCCCAUCUUACAACACAAGAGACCUGAGAAAAGGGAGAAGUGCUUAGGCGAGACAGAAAGGGAGGAAGAGAAGGCAAGUCAUGUAAGAAAUAUGUUUAAGCAAUGAUCAAGUUAUAGCACACUGCACUGGUGCUUUUGAUGAGAAAUGAAUGCUCAGACUUAAUCUCUAAUGAAUGGAAAUUUCUUGGAUUUCAUUGCUUAUAUCUGCUGGAGCAGUUCUUCAAAAAGUAAAACUCUGAAUUCUGUGUAUAUGGACUUGGGAGAAAGCAAAAGAUGCUGAAAUAACUCAAUGCUAUUCAUCGGUACUGUCAGCUCAGAAUACACAUGGAUUAUUACGGCUGAUUUCCAAAAACAUCAGAGCAUGGAGAGCUACUCGGGAGAGAAAGUUUGGGAUAUAUCAGUCCAUGCAACUGCUAGAUUGACCAACUUCACCUCCUCUUCUUUCUCUGAGCAUACUGGACUCAAUAGCACCAUAAGAAAUGGAUCAUACUUCUGGUUGCUAUCUCAAAAUGGCUCCAUCAACGGCACACAGUCACCCGCUCUGUUCAGACCGAGGGACAUGGCUUUAGCUCGAGCGGAGAUUGGAGUUCUUGGUCUGGUUCUGGCUCUCACAACACUAGGGAACAGCUUGGUACUGUGGGUUCUGCUGAGGAGACGCAAACACAAUGCACCCAUGCACCUAUUCAUGGUCAAUCUGUGCCUUGCAGACCUUGUGGUGGCAUUUUUUCAGGUGCUCCCUCAGCUUUUAUGGGAUAUCACAGAGAGGUUUCAGGGCCCUGAUAUGCUGUGUCGCUCUGUGAAGUAUCUGCAGAUUGUGGGAAUGUUUGCAUCCUCUUUUAUGAUUGUUGCAAUGACAGUGGACCGCCAUAAUGCCAUCUGCUGCCCCCUGCAGACUUACAAAGGAGGGGCCGUUUCACGCUGGAACAGAAGUAUUAUAGUGGCCUGGGGUCUUGCUUUUCUUCUCAGUGUGCCACAGGUAUUUAUUUUCUCCAGGUCAGAGAUUGCUCCAGGAGUGUUUGAAUGCUGGGGAAACUUUGCUGAGUCCUGGGGUGUGAAGGCUUACGUCACCUGGAUGACUUUAGCGGUAUUUGUGCUUCCUGCCUUCAUUAUCACCGUAUGCCAGGUACGAAUAUUCAAAGAGAUCCACGACAACAUCUACCUGAAAUCAAAGCAUAUGGUUUCUGCUGAUAUGAGGAAGAACAUGGUGCUCUUUCACUUCUCCAUCCUCAAAAAGCAAACCAGACAGAAAGACACAGGAGAUAAUCUCUAUAAAGCAAACAACAACAGUGACUUCUCAUAUUCUAACACCUACAACCCCAAGGAUUCAACGGACCCAGAUUGCUGUGAAACAUCUUGCACAGACAGCUACAGUCACAAAGUUGUGACUUUACAGGCAAACUGUUACUCUGCUCUUCAGAUGAACUCUUACAACAACACCAAACCUUCCUCAAACCCCUCUUUUUCACCUUGCCACCCCCCUUCACCUCUUACAGGAGUGUGUAGAGCUAUGUCCAAAACAGUGAAGAUGACUUUGGUUAUUGUGCUGGUCUAUAUCAUUUGCUGGUCCCCCUUCUUCAUCGUACAACUCUGGGUAGCCUGGGACCCAGAGCCAGCUGAUCCAGGUGUGGCCUUCACCAUCCUCAUGCUGCUUGCCAAUCUAAACUCUUGCACUAACCCAUGGAUCUACACAGCGUUCUCCAGCAGCGUUUCUCGUGAACUCCUAACACUGCUGCGCUGUCGGCCAAAGGCCCGCAGGGGCUCUCUGCACGACCACUCCAGCGACAUCCACACCUCUAUCAUCAGGACAACCAGUUCUGAUCCAUACAAAACAACCAAACCACCCGACUCCUGAGGGCCGAUGGAGAUUUAUGCUGUAGCUGCAGGUGUGUCUGUCCCAUGCAGAUUAUUUAAUAACAUCUGCUAGACUCGUUACGCGGAUUUUUAAUGACAUGCGGGAUCUGCAUCAUCCAGAACAUACUGUACGCAUGUCAGAUUAAUGACCAGAUUGGAUCAAGUUGUCCAUCAUUGUGCAUGGGAGAUAAAAACAAAGUCUUAACUAUGAAGGAGGUAAGGAUGGAGGCUUUAACCCCAGAGAGUGUGAUUUAUGGGUGAAAAUACUAUCCAGGGGAAUAAAAACUCAAGCCAAAAUAAAUAUGGUGUAAACAUAGUAACAAGAACUAUAAAAAUGACAAAUAUGAAGUAUACCCAAAUACAGCAACAAGAGAUUAUAAAAAGGGUUAUUUUCCAAAAAUCCAGGACUUAAAAGUUAAAAUAAUGGAUUCCAUAUUGGACAAAACAAGGCAUGGGUCCUUAAACUCAACAUGAGGUGGUAACACUGAGUGAUUUAUGUUUAUAGCAGUGACACAUAUUAAAUAAUAACUAAGCUGUGGGAAAAUAACUAAGUUAUGUUUUCACUAAAACACCAGCAAUUUGAGAAAGAGAGCAACACUAGAUUGCACAAUAUCGGUUAAAUUAUUUAUAGAGCACUUAAAAACAACAUUCAUACUGUAGCUUUUAUGAAGAGAGCGUAAUGGGAAGUCAUAAAGAAUAUGGCAAAGAGAGAGAAAAUUCACUUAAAAAAAUAUCAGGUUAUACAAGUGCCUUGUAUGCUACAGUCAGUAAACCGUUUCUUUGAAUAGCAUAAUGCCUACAUUACCUGUAUAUAAAAUACAUCAGAUAUAAUGGGAGUAAUAUCAGUUGUUUAUCUGAUUGCAUUUCUUUCCUUUUAUAUAUUAAAGGGUUUUUACCUUGUAAAAACCAAAAAUAUUUUAGAAAACACAAAACAUGUUUUGUAAAUGUUUUUGUAAACCACAUAUACAAUAGUAAGUAAGAGUUUGAAUGAAUUUCAUGAUUUAGACUUACAAACAGUUACAAAACCACUUUUUCAGGCAGAUGGCAAACAAAAUGAGGAAAUUGAGCGGCAGUGUUAUUCCUAAGGUUGGAAUGGAAACUGAAGUGUAGGAGCAAAUGCAUUUAUAAGGUAGGCUUCUGGAUCAUUCAGAUAGCUAUCUAAAGACACAUUUUGGAUAAUAGGACAAUGAACAGCACUGAAAAACAUGAUAUCAAAUCAAAAAUAUUUUUCUGUUACUUUAACAAAUUAAGUAAAACAAUUUCAACUUGUUUUAUGAGUUAUUCCAACUUAUCACAAAUCAAAACUUGUGCAUUUGCAUUUUCUUUACAGUUUAAGAGUACUGUGGAUUAAUUUUAAACAGUUUGGCAAAUUCUCAAUGCAUUUAUCAAGUAUUUUUUUAGUCCCAACAGCUGAUGGAAUUGAUGGGUUUGAAAUAUUGCAUUUGUAUUUAUUGUUGUGUCAGUACUUGAUGAUGAUCUGUAAAUUUUGUAUUCUGUACAUUUGAGAGAGAGAGAUAAUUAUAAAUGUCAUGUUAAUGUAUUAAAUAGAAUUAUAGAUAUUUUGAGAUAUAUUUAAAGAUGUUAAUUUCCUGUUGUUAUAUGAAGACAACAUGAGCUAUAAAAAUGGUUCCAAAGUACAACAGAAAAUUAAGCAAAUUAAAUGUUUACUUGAUGGAGGGACAGAAUAUUAUGGCAAAAAUGCCCUCAGAUGGAUCCAUUCCCACAGUAAACACAACCUCUGAUAUCAUUAUAUGAUAUUUUUAUGUUUUUUGAAAACCUGCAGUGUAAAAAAUAUCAUUUCAACAUAUUUUGUUUGUGUUGCUUUUACUUAACAAAUUUAGUUAAACAAUUUCAGCUUCUUUUCUAAAUUGUGUUAAAUGAUCACAAGUCAAAACAAGUCAAAAAAGGAGGUUGAAUUGACUUGCAUAAUUAAGUUAUUUAAACUUCAUGCUGCAUUUAUUUAGUAUGGAUUAUCUCUUGAAUCCUGGUUUCCUCUGAGAACAGGAAAUGAAUGAAGAGCUUUAGUAAACUUGGUUGAACUGCCGGGCAAGUGAUCAGGCUUUAGGAGAAACACAGAAGAACAUUUUGUGCUGACAAUGGAAUUUGAUAACAGAGGGUGUGUUUUGUCUAAUGUCAAUCUCAAAUUUAUUGCUAUUGCUUGCAUAAAGAAGGAGAUUGACAUUCAACGGCGAAACCUCUCUAUGAAGAAGUAAUUAUGGUUAGCAUAUACAGAAAAUAAAUUAGAUCGAAAGUGAAAACAACACAUUACAUACACUCUCAGAAAAAAAACAAGGUACUGGGACCUUUGUACUUAAAGGGUGCAUAUUAGUUCCUCAAAGAUACUGGUACCGUACAUAUUGGUACCUCAGAGGGAAUCGGUCCCAUUCCUAAAUGGUAUCCAUUAGGACCUUUAUUUCUAACAGUGUACAGUCACAAAAG